UUUACAGGAAGCACGUGUUCUAAGCGUUGUUGACAUUGUUUACGUUUAGAAAUGAAAAUCCAUCCUUAAAAUGGGAAAACCUAGAAAAACACACAGACAACCUAGAUUUCAAUAUGACAGAAAUAGAUCAAAAGAAUGGAAAAGUUCAAAGAAAUUGCCUGCAAUCGAAUGUAAACAAAUUAAGAAAGCAUGGAUUGCAAAUAAGUCUGUUGAACAGAAUAUGAGGUUGAUGGGUCUGUCCAGUGACCCAAAUAUCACAUUAAAAGUACCAAGCACCAAGGAAUUGCUUAACAGUGAAAAUAAGAAAACACAAAAGAAAGAGAAGAAAACUAAACAAACAACAGUUAUUAAAGAAUUAGAAGAAGAAGCCAGUAUUCCUCCUGCUAAAACUUUACAGUUGUCAGAACCUUUGGUUAGAUAUUGUGUGUGCAUGUUAGAAACAUAUGGAGAAGAUUAUAAGGCUAUGGCAAAAGACAGGAAAAAUUAUUAUCAAGACACACCAAAACAGAUUAAAAGAAAGAUUUCAUCAUUUAAAAACACACCAGACGUCCUGCAGCAAGUGGACAAUGAAUCAACCCCAGAAAAGGUUGUAGUGGACAUGGCUGCCAGGACACGGAAACCUACCAGAAAAUACAUUGCUAAAAGAAGAAAUGGUCACUACACAUCUCCAGCUGUAGCUGUUAAGGCAACCAAAACAUGUUCUAGUGAAGUACCUUUGCAUAAAGUAAAGAGAAAAUUACACUUUGGAAGAAAGCCACCAAUCCAGAGAGAGAAAGCUAAUAACUUAAAGGAAAAGAAAAAGAGAGAAAGAUCAAAGUUACCAACAAAGAAGCAGACGUUUGGAAAGGCAUCUGUUAAAAACAAAAGAAAGAGAAUUUCUAAGGAAUUAUUGGAUUUAUUGGAUAUGGCAGAUCAUUUUAUCUACUCGGAAAAACUCAGGUCCAAAAAUUUGAAACGUCCUUGUCAUGGAGACCAUGGAAUGUCACAUGGUGCCUAUAAGUUACAUUCCUCUCAUGAGGUCACUAAUCUUAUUCCUGGAAGACAGAACUAAAAGAAAAAGUGCCAAAAAAAAAACAGUUAGAGAAGAAAGAACUAAAAGAAAGAGAGCAAUAAUAAAGAAUUUAAACUAUAAAUGCGAUUGAUAUUGAUUCAUGUCAAAUGCUGUGAAUUUUUAAAGACAUCAUUUUUGUUUAAUAUGAAAAGAUCUAAUAGUCAUUUAGCAUUUAUUCAAAUUGUAAGGAGAUAUGUGAAAAAAGAAAGCACAUGUCAAAUCUAUUUACAUUUUGUAUGCUUAUUACAUGUACCAAUUUGAGAAAGGGAAAUAAUCCAGUUUAUCUCAUUUAUAAUACACAUAAUGGGUUAUCACUACUUUUACACCAUAGAACUUGUAUAACUGCUUUGAAGGAACAUUUUAAGAGUCACUUUUCAUAGUUCUGUAAAAAUAGAUCUGUAUUUGAGGUCAUUAUUGACUUUUUUCUUCUGUAAAUUUUAUCAUUUGUUAAAGUAGAACAGUUCCUAACUUUCGAUAAUUGUUUUUUACUGAAGACUUAUUUGUACUAGCCUUUGCUACCAGUUUUUUUUUUUUUUUAUUUAGUAUAAAAGCAGAGAGCAUUAUUUCCUAAUGAAAAAUAUUGGGCAGGAUACAGACAUUUUUUGUAGAGGGGUUGCAAGAAAUUUAUUUGUUAUUUUAAACAUUUUUUGAUAAAUAUAGAAAAGCAAAUAUAAAUAUAAGAAAAUUCAGAAUACAAAGAAGCUUUGAAAUUUAAAAACAAAGCAUAUUUGUAGAUAGAAGAGAAGCGGUAGGCCAGUACAUUUCUGAGAUAAUAAAGGAGGUGCUAAUGUUAUAGAUAUUUUGUUAUGUAGAUAUACAGAGUUAGUGUUUAGAUCAGACAUUCAUUUUUGUUAUGUAAAUACACAGUUACAGUUUGUAGACCAUAACUAUUAUUGUUUGUUAUGUAGCUAUACAAAGUUAUUGUUUGUACACAAGAAAUGUACAUUUUUGUUGAUUUAGAUCUGAGAUGUAAAUUUUUGACUCGCCUGUCCUAAUGACCUUUUGUCAUCACUUAGCAUCUGUCGUCUGCCCUCUUGUCUUUUGUCCUUGAACAUUUAAAAUAUAUUCCAUCUGUAAAUUCUGACUCAAAAUUUGGGGGAGAGUCUACUAGAAUAGGUACAUAGCUACUUUUGCACAAUUUUUGUAGAGCCUGUAACAUCUUGUCACAUAAGCAUGACCUAGAGGUCCUACAUUACGGCAUUGUCCUAGUCAACAUUAAAAGUUAUUCUGUGAUUUAAGUUUUUUUUAGACAUCAAUUACUUCAAACCUUUAUGGAAUUUUAUAAAACGUGGACAAAAGCUUUUUUAUGAUGAAAAGACUGUAUUCAGAGCAAAUUUUUUUUUUCUCUCAUUUAUUCUGUAUUUUAUUUAUAAAAGGACUAAAUUAUUUUGCAGUUUACUUUAAGAUACAGUUUACAGUUAAAGUUUUUCAAAUAUCAAUAACUUUGUUCAAGCUUCAUCGAGUUAAAUGAAACUUAGAAAGAAUUUUUUUAUGAUCAAAAGACGCUUUCCACAGAUAAAUUUUGAAAUAUAUAUAUUUUCAUUUUUCCAUAUUUUACUGAUGACAGAACUUAGUUUUUUUUUUGCAGUUAACGUUUAGACUCUAAGGUUUAAGAUUUUUUAUACAUCAAUUGUCAAGAAUUUUUUGCAGAGGCUUUUUUUAUAUUUAGAGAUAAUGUCUGAAUCAAAUCAUUCUUCAGUAUUUUCACUGAUUGUGUCACUUACUGAUAUAUAAACAAGUGCCAGGUGAGCAGUAUGGUUUCUCUACACCCUCUAGUUAAUUUUGUUUUGUUAUGUGUUCAUUGUUUUAUAGAAAUAGUAUAUAUUAGUAGUUACCAAGUUUUCAGGUAGGAGAAUGAAGAGAGAUUUGUACGAAUUUUAGUUAGGACUCAUCUUAUUCAUAUUGUCAUUUAUCAGGUAACUUGAAAAUUUAGGCUAUUUUUGAUACUUGUGCCAAAUGUAUGAUGAGUUGUCACAUUAUCUUGAAAGAAUGAAAUGAAAAAUUUUGUUUUGGUUUAGAUGAAGUUUCAUUUGGUUAUUUCAACAUUUUUGUAUUCCUACAUAUUAAAUUUUAUAGUAUUGAAUACAAUUUGUGUAAAGCAGAGAUAUGCACAAUUGAGUAGCGCUUUCAGUGCACCACCUGCAAACUGAUUGAUUUAUCAAUUAUUUCUAAUGAUUAAAGUUUUAUAUUGUUUUUAUUACAGCACAGCAAGUGCGUACUCAGCAAGUUUUUACAGUGUUUUAUAAUAUCUGCUGACUCAGCUAGAGUUGUUAGUUGAUAACAGGUUUUACAUUUGUUUUUAUGAUGUUUUUUACAGCACAAAGAGUGCUUCUUCAGCAAUUUGUUAUGAUUUUUUAAGAUUUUAAGUAUAUUGUACAAAAUGUAAAUAAAUAAAACAUUUGAAAUUUA